GAACUGGUCGUCUGGAUCAACGUAAAGCUUCGGACUCCUGAUAAACUUUCCACAAUAAUCGAAGAAGGCUCAUCCAAGGAUUGGUGGAUAGAAACAGAGUACCAACGACUCUCCAAUAGUAUCCUCCCCACCAAAACUAAAUUCCAAAUCCAAGAGGCCGCUCUCGCCUACCUACAAUAUGAAAAACGAAUCACUCGGUGCCAUGGUUGUAACUACUAUGUCGAUGAGUUAAUGACAGGGAUGGUGUUCGAACAAAAUGAAUCCAAGAACUUAUAUUGCGAGGAUUGCAUUCAAAAAGGAAAGCUCAACUUAUCCGUCUGUGCUCAAUGUGGAUCUCGUACCCCCGCAACCGAAAUACGAAUGUCAGAACCAGUCGAGAGAAUCAACAAGAGAAAGGUCAAGUUUAAUUUAAUGCGUCAGGAAACCAAAAAUAAAAACGAAACCAAAGUUAAUGACACCCAAGGAGUAGAUGAAACCCAAUUGCGAGGUCACAAAAUCAGGGACAUCUUCCACUCAAGUGGUCAAUCGACCGGUAAAGGUGCCAGUGAAAGAAAUAGCACCAAA